AUGUCCUAAGCUGAAGGCUUGUCAACCAACUAUACCAUAAGCACUCAGUUCAAAAUUCACAACACACGUCGUAGCCCCGCCCAUGUGCGGAUCCAGUGGAUGAAACAGCCGAUAGUUGCAUUCAGGGGCGGGGUCUUCACUCUCAACUCCGCCCAUCUCUCCAGCUAACCGAACGGAGAUUGUUUUCCUGUCUUGGAAGGAGAUUUUCAGUUUGUAGCCGCUGCUUCUAUUGUUUAUUUUAAAUCAGUCGCCACUGUCAAAUAGCUCUUGACGUUUGCACCUCGUUCGCUAAUUUUCAAGCCCGAAGUGCGGCGAAUAAUCCACCUCAAACGGAUUAAGAAUUCAUCUGCUAACUUCUGCUUGCUGUUGGGGAGAGGGGUGUCACAGCUCUCGCGAGCAUGAAUUCACAAUGAAGCGGCGUUUGGAGGAUCAGGAAACGGUUUUCGCGUCCCAGCAGCGGCGCCUGGCUGGCAGCGCAGAGGCCUUCCAGCAUCGGGUCCUGGCCCCCGCUCCAGCUCCAGCUGUGUAUGAAGCCGUGUCUGAGAGCAUGCAGCCGUCCGCUGGAGUCCAGUACUCGGUCCCACAGGGAUACCAGGUUCCUAGUGUGACCCCAGGCGGUGGUGGGCAUGGACACGCCCCCAGCCCAGCUGUGCACGCGGGAUCUCACCACCACAGUCCAGCGGUUCAGUCCCAUGGGCCCUCGGUGAUGCCGGGCCAUGGCCAUACAGGAGCUCCACAGGGAUCUGCACAGGGACACCAGCAGUUCCAGAGACUCAAGGUGGAAGAUGCUUUGUCUUAUUUGGAUCAAGUAAAGCUUCAGUUUGGGAACCAACCUCAGGUCUACAAUGACUUUCUGGAUAUAAUGAAAGAGUUUAAGUCCCAAAGCAUUGACACUCCUGGCGUCAUCAGCAGAGUGUCGCAGCUCUUUAAAGGCCAUCCGGACCUUAUUAUGGGCUUCAAUACUUUUCUUCCUCCGGGCUACAAGAUCGAGGUCCAGACCAACGACCUGGUCAACGUGACCACGCCCGGUCAGAUCCACCACAUCACCCCGCAUGGCAUUUCAGUCCAGAACAUCCCCAUAACUGGAGCAGCUACGCAGCAGCAGCCGCCGCUGCCAUCUGCCCCGACCACCGCAGCCCCUCCUCCUCUGACGCAGCCCACGCCUCCCAAGCCGAGCAAGCCUCUUCAGUCCCAGGUGUUGACACCCAGCAGCCAGAGCAGUCCGUCCAUCCCAGCGUACACCUCCCCCCGCUCGCCGCCGGUGCAGCUCCACCCGCCCCUCAGCGGGACGCCCACUGGCCCACCCCUGCAAAACAACCAGCCCGUGGAGUUCAACCACGCCAUCAACUAUGUCAACAAGAUCAAAAACCGCUUUCAGGGUCAGCCGGACAUCUACAAGGCUUUCCUGGAGAUCCUCCAUACUUACCAGAAGGAGCAGCGCAACGCCAAAGAGGCAGGAGGGAACUACACGCCGGCUCUGACAGAGCAGGAGGUGUACGCUCAGGUUGCCAGGCUCUUCAAGAACCAAGAGGACCUGCUGUCAGAGUUCGGGCAGUUUCUACCCGAUGCCAACAGCUCAGUGCUGUUGAAUAAAACCACGGCAGAGAAGGCAGAGUCUGUACGAAACGACCACGGUUUCACCACCAAGAAGCUGCAGCUAAACAACAAGCAGCGGCCCAGUCAGAAUGGCUGCCAGAUGCGCCGCCACACCGGUCCAGGGAGCACGCCCCCCGUCAAGGUUCAUAGCGUCACUAAGAAGCCAAAGUUGCUGAAUUUAAAGGAUCCCUCCGCUGCUGAUCCCAGCAAACAUGGAGGCGGCACAGAAUCUCUGUUCUUUGAGAAGGUGCGAAAGGCCUUGCGAAGCGCCGAGGCUUACGACAACUUCCUGCGCUGUCUGGUCAUCUUCAAUCAGGAGGUAAUCUCCAGGGCAGAGCUGGUGCAGUUGGUGUUGCCCUUUUUAGGAAAAUUCCCAGAGCUGUUCAACUGGUUCAAAAACUUCCUGGGCUACCGGGAAAUGUCCCACAUCGAAACGUACCCCAAGGAGCGGGCAACCGAGGGCAUCGCCAUGGAGAUCGAUUACGCAUCCUGUAAGAGGUUGGGGUCCAGUUACAGAGCCCUGCCCAAAAGCUACCAGCAGCCCAAAUGCACAGGCAGAACGCCGCUGUGCAAAGAGGUCUUGAACGAUACCUGGGUCUCCUUCCCCUCCUGGUCUGAGGACUCCACAUUCGUGAGCUCCAAGAAAACGCAGUAUGAAGAGCACAUCUACAGGUGUGAGGACGAGCGCUUCGAGCUGGACGUCGUGCUGGAGACCAACCUGGCCACCAUCCGAGUCUUGGAAACGGUGCAGUGGAAACUGUCCCGCAUGUCUGCGGAGGAGCAGGCCAAGUUUCGCCUGGACAACACACUGGGGGGCUCCUCGGAGGUCAUCCACCGGAAGGCCAUCCAGAGGAUAUAUGGAGACAAGGCAGCCGACAUCAUCGACGGUCUGAAGAAAAACCCGGCGGUUUCCGUGCCCAUCGUGUUAAAAAGGUUAAAAACAAAGGAGGAAGAGUGGCGGGAAGCCCAGCGCGGUUUCAACAAGAUCUGGAGGGAGCAGAACGAGAAGUACUACCUCAAAUCUCUGGACCAUCAAGGCAUCAACUUCAAGCAAAACGACACCAAAGUGCUUCGAUCCAAGUCGCUGCUGAAUGAAAUUGAAAGCAUCUACGACGAGCGCCAGGAGCAGGCGACCGAGGAGAACGCCACCGCCCCCACCGGCCCGCAUUUAACUCUGACCUACGAGGACAGCCAGAUUCUGGAGGACGCGGCGGCGCUCAUCAUCCAUCACGUGAAGCGGCAGACCAGCAUUCAGAAGGAGGACAAGUACAAGAUCAAGCAGAUCAUCUACCACUUCCUCCCCGACAUGCUGUUCUCGCAGCGCGGAGAGCUCUCAGACUUGGAGGAGGAGGAGGAGGAGGAAGAGGAGAUGGACCUGGAAGAGGGCGCCGGCAAGAAGCACAAUGGCGUUGCCGCCGGCGGCAGCCCCUCCAAGUCCAAGCUGCUGUUCAGCAACACGGCGGCGCAGAAGCUGCGCGGCUGCGACGACGCCUACAACCUUUUCUUCGUCAACAACAACUGGUACAUUUUCAUGCGGCUGCACCAGACGCUGUGCUCGCGGCUGCUGCGGCUGUACGGGCAGGCGGAGCGGCAGAUCGAGGAGGAGGUGCGGGAGCGGGACUGGGAGAGGGAGGUGCUGGGACUGAAGAAAGAGAAGAACGACAACCCCGCCAUCCAGCUGCGCCUGAAGGAGCCCAUGGAUAUUGAAGUGGAAGACUACUACUCGGCAUUCUUGGAGAUGGUGAAGAACCUUCUGGACGGAAACAUGGAGGCCUCUCAGUAUGAGGACUCGCUGAGAGAGAUGUUCACCAUCCAUGCCUACAUCGCCUUCACCAUGGACAAGCUCAUCCAGAGCAUCGUCCGGCAGCUCCAGCACAUAGUCAGCGACGAGAUCUGCGUCCAGGUGACAGACCUCUACCUGGCAGAGAGUGCAAACGGCGCAGCAGGGGGCGCCCUGUCCACGCUGUCUGCCAGGAGCACUGCAGAGGGGGUCUACCAGAGGAAAGCCGAGCAGCUCAUGUCUGAUGAAAACUGCUUUAAGGUGAUGUUUUCUAAAAGCAGAGGGACGGUGCAGCUGACCGUGGAGCUGCUGGACACAGAGGAGGAGAACUCAGACGAGCCCAUGGAGGUCGAGCGUUGGUCUGAUUAUGUGGACCGCUACUUAAACUCAGACUCCACCACUCCAGAGCUGAGGGAACAUCUCGCUCAGAAACCUGUUUUUCUUCCCAGGAAUCUGCGGCGAAUCAGGAAGUACCAAAAAGGCAGAGAGCAGCUGGAUAAGGAAGCCUGUGAGGGCGGCAAGAAAUCGCUAGAAAAGGAGAAGAUGGAGUGCAUGUUUAAACUCAACUCUUACAAGAUGGUCUACGUCUUCAAGUCUGAGGACUACAUGUAUCGACGCACGGCACUAAUGCGCGCUCACCAGUCGCACGAGAAGGUGAGCACGCGGCUGCACAGACGUUUCCAGGCGUGGGUGGAUGCGUGGGCCAAAGUGCACGUCACGCGGGACAUGAACGCCGACACCAACAAGUGGCUGAUGGGCGAAGGCCGCGAUGGCCUCCUGCCGUGCACCACCAGCCGCCACCCAGAGGUCCUCCACUUCAUGAACAUCAACAAGUAUCGCGUCAAGUACGGCACGCCCCUCAAGGCUCCUUAAACGACAGGAGCGGCGCAGGGAGCAGACGGACUUCUAGGGUCAGAAGUAGAUGUAGACCUGAGGGCUUAUUAAAGUGUUUUUAAAGCCAAUAUGGAAACCAAGCGCGCUGCCGGGUGAAGCUGCAGCCAGGGCGGCAGGAUUGCAUUUGUGUUGCUCUUCCUCUUUUUUUUUUUUUUCUAGAAACCAGCGUUUUUAGCUGAGCCCAGGUUUUUACAGGGCUUCUGGUGCCAACAUUUAAGGAAUGUUCCCGUUCCAGUCGCAGACCUGAGCUCCCACCAGCACUCGUGGCAUACUUCCUUGCGCGGUGUGAGCCCGAGACACGAAGGGAGUGGUGCUUUUUCUACUUCAUCAUCUCUGCCGGGCGUCAGUUCCGCCUUUCGCUGCCGGCGAAGCCAUCAGAGCUCCAUCCGAAUCGACCCGGGGACGCAGGAUUCACAGAAAUCAAUAAAGACGGACAAGUGCACUUAUUUAAGAAGAGGAGGUCGUCUGGGACGCCCAGAUCGAAGGUUUUAGAGAAGGAAGAUCAGACAGAUCUGGUUCUGACAUUCCUGCGUUUACGGCCAAAUCCCCAUCACCAACCGUCACCAGGAGGAGCGUUUCCUGUUUUUUUGUUUUGUAUUUUUCCAAAACACAUGGCAGCAUUAUGAAAAAAAACUGUGCCUGAGCCCUAAAUUCUGUUUUGGGGGUUAUUUAGAAAAGCACUGUUGCAUCUAAUGUAUAUUUUAAAAAGAAAAACAAACCAGAAAAGGACAAAAAAAGAAAAGAAACUGCCUCAAAACACUGUUUGGUCUCAGACUGUAAAGUUGUACAGCUUGUGAAUGUCGGACACUGACUGACAUGGAUUCCAGUGUAUUGUGUUGUAUAUAUAUUCUAUAUAGUUCUAUUAACACACAAUCCUUGCCGCCCUGGAAGUCAACCUUUUUAAAAAACACACGUGCCCCCUGCCAUUACACCAGCUAAACACACACACACACACACACACACUAUGUUGUAAAUACACUGUAAAUAGUCUCAGACUUUUUAUGACAGAUCUGUGUUGUUGUGCUAGUAAUACUUUCCAAGCUUAUGUGGACUUUAGUGACAAACGGCUAAAGUUAGUCUGUAUAUGAAAAGGACAAAAAGACCAUUUAUUACGGUUUUUACCAAAGGGAGUUGAUCAUGAAAAAGCUGCCCCCCACACCCAGCCCUCUUUAUUUGUUGUUGCUUUUUUUAAUCUCUGUAGUAAAAAAAAAAACUCCAAGAAAAGUUCAAAUGUGUCCCGGUCCUUCAGUUUUUACUAAAAAAAAACUUUUGACUUUGGUUUUUUCCUUUAAAUGUGACACCUGAUUGGUUUAAACUCGCUGCCCCCUCCCCCCAGACGCCCCUCCCUGGGUAGAUUUCCGCUGCCAACCUCACCGUAUUUUUGAUAAUGGAAAAAGUCACUCAAGCAUGUCUUUAGUCUCUUUAUUUAGACAUUAUUUAAAGUAAUAAAAAAACCACAUUUGUAGCUUUCAA